CAGGCGCAGGAGAACUCGAACUGGCAAAUCCAAGAAAUAAAACACUAACUUGCGUGGGCAUUGCUUUCCUGAGCAGAGGGUUCGGUUCGCACCCUGGUAUAAUUGAGUCACGCUCGUGCAGCGAUGGAUUCACGGUCGGUGGGCAGAGGUAGGAAAACAAACCCAUGGCAGCAUCCGGAUUUCUACAAACGUUUCUACGGCUGGCUCAUGCUGCUUGACUCCGCUCACCUCCGUGUCAGCUGCACUGCAGCGGGCAUGCUUACAGAGAUGAUGGCAAUGACCCUUCAGACAACCUCAGGACUAACGCAGAUACAGCACAACGAAAAGAUCCUGGUGUUUCUCGUACCCGGAGAGCGAAGCACGUUCGUCAAGUUCAUCCAAGUCGUCAAGGACCUCGGCUAUGCAGACAAAGCCGACGAACUUCGAGAACAUUUGUCCCGUUGUGAUGGAGUAGUAUUUUCUGUGCAAGAGACUAGAGCAGCGCAAUCAGAGGGGGAGAUUAUUCCAGAGCAAGACCGUCAGAGUCCACCUAAGGUGCACCCCAUGGAGCCAGCAAUGACGGUGAGGGUAGAGACGAUAGCCAGGACAACAGCCCAGCCAGAAUUUACUUCAGCGACUUCAACGAUGGUCACUGAAAGUACUGCCACCUGUGAUAUGCGUGGUCAACCCAUGGCGUCCUGUCCACGGCAGAAAUCGCGGCUGGAGACCUCCUCUGAUGAAGCCCCAGCUGCAAGCUCCACUGCAAACUUGCCCAAACGAGAUCGUCCAAUCUCUGAGAUAAAGGAUGUAUACGAGUUCGGAGAUGAGGUAGCCAAGUUUUUCGACCCCAAGAACUGUGAUGAUUUGGCAAGAAAUUUGGUGAUUGCGAAAGGAGAGCCAGUCGACAACUAUGCCAGCAUCGUCCUUCGGUACAUAAAACGGCAUUCUCUUCACGAUGAGGAUCUGUCCAACAUCGCCGGGCAGAUCUUCUAUUACCGCGACCAGAAGCCCGUCCCCAGCUGUGCGAAGUUUCUUGCCAUACUGGAGAAAGUUUCGCCGGCCGUUGUUUCCAGGGUGGAAGACCUGCUAGAGAGGACGGAGUUUUCAUCUUGAUGAGGACGAUGCUGUAUAACAUCUACGACACCCACACACACCCACACACACGCAUGCACUUUGGCACUUUUCUCUCCUUUUUUCUCUCUCUCACUCUUAGUUAGACGCUGCAUCUGCCGCUUGGUUUACCGGGUGCAAGCGGCCGUCAUAAGUUCUCUUCGGAAACGGACGCGGUAAUUUACUUCACUUUUCUCUCUCUCUCUCACACACACACGCACACACACACACACACACACACACACACACACACACACACACACACACACACACACACACACACACACACACACACACACUCCACUACGAUUGACUUCUCACUUGAUGACCUGAAGCCUAAGGGUCGCAGAGCUGACCUUGAAUCCGCGUCUCAUCCCAGUGUUGAUGCGACAAGGCAGCGUGUACAUGCAUGUCAGCAAUGCUUGGUGCCUGCGUGUCAACACCGGCGGAAGCCUGAGCCACCAGUCUGUACUGCAGCUCUCUGUAACGUAGGGUACAUCUGGUUGUCAGCUUUUAGAACCGCUGGUUUUUGUUUACGGAAACCUUGUACUUUAGAAGUAAUUGUUCAGAAAUUUAUAUGUGCGAAAGCUAGUUCGAUGCAUCUCUAUAAUUUUCAUUUUUCCUAUUGAUAUUGUUCUUCACAUUACAUUUCCGUCACAGUUAUUUCCUUGUCCAUCACCACUUUACAUCUCAGUAAAACCUUCGUAACAUGUCGCUUCAGCUGAUUCUGUUUAUUGCCAUCUUAAAACUGUUGUCACCUUGCCGCCUGUUCGAAUGCACUUGAAGUAGAACUAAUGCGACAAUCUCUUCUCCUCUUCUCCUCCAUGCGCUCUCAGCGGAAUUAUAGAACUACUUCUAAGGUAUUUUCAUGUAAUUUUAACUAUAUUUUUAUCCCAAGAUUCGUAAUUUGAUAGUACAGUCAGUCGGGGAGAUGUCCUAUCUAGGACAUCUCACUCUGAUUGGUCACCUGU